AUGGCAUUGAAACGAGAAUUCGUACACUUCUAUCAAACUGACCCAAGAGCGAAUGAAAUACUCGAUGCUAUGAAAGCAGAAAGACACCUGCAGAAGCAUCCAGAUGAAUUGUUCUUCCCAACGCUAACCCACGAUCCAUCACUCGGUGCACCAGCUGCUUGCAACGAAAUUCACGAAACCAAUCAUUCAGAUAGACGAAAACGAUUCGUUGCACGUUAUGUGACAUGGUCUCACGAAGGCUGUAAAAGUUCCAGAGUUCGUCGUUCCGUGUGUAUCAUAGGUGCAGGUAAUCUCCCAUACAUACCAUCACAACCGGAGUUUUUCGCCAACAAAUUUGAUGAUGAUUUUGAGCCUAUUGCUUACGACUGUACAGAGUAUUAUGUUAUGGAGAAAGUUAUACAAGAGAUGAAAAGUAAUCGGUUGGAUGCAAACUUUGAUGUCACUGUCUACUCUGACUUACACUGUUCUAGAAAUCAUACUUAG